CAGCAGCCAUGGAUGCCGGGAGCUGCUUUGGGGAGUUGGCUUCCCCUGUGGUCCGAGAUGUGGAGGUGACACGGAUGGCUCGAAGACAAAGUGCACAUAAAAGAGUGUCUAUCUUGACUCCUCAAGAAGAUAUUUUGGCCAAUGCUACACCAAAAAAUCAAAUGAUUCCUCGAACUCCUAACUCACACUGCCAAACUUUGUUUCGAAGUUUAUUGAAGCAGCCAGAUGUUUCUGCCAUUCUUGCAACAGGAACAAAGUCCCCUCGUUUGCCUCCUUUAUCAUCCUCCUUGGGAAAUCUACCCAUGAUAACUAAUUUAGAUGAGAGUAACUGGACAGCAACCUUCUCCCCACAGCGCGCAGGGCUCUUCGUGAACAAUGACCCCUCUAACAUGACAGAAGAUGUCACUCUUAGUGCCGUUAUGCUUCGUGAGGAUGAUCCUGGAGAAGCUGCAACCAUGAGUAUGUAUUCUGACUUCCUGCACAUUUUUCUGAAGCAUGCUUCAAAUACAGUUUUUGAACUUGUAGAAGAGUAUGAGAAUAUUUGUGAGAGCCAGGUGAAUAUAUUAAAUAAAAUAGCGAGCAGAGCAACGCCUGGACUACAGAAGUUUUCCAAAACCGCCAGUGUGCUGUGGCUUCUUCAGCAGGAGAUGGUUACGUGGAGAUUGCUGGCCUCUCUUUACAAAGACAGAAUACAAUCUGUACUAGAAGAAGAAAAUGCAUUUGGAAUUACUUCUCUAAAUGCCAGUGAGAAGACGGUGGUGGAUACGCUAUUCCAGCGAGAUUCACUUAUUCGACAAAGCCAGCUGGUGGUAGAUUGGUUGGAGAGUAUUGCCAAGGAUGACAUUGGAGAUUUCUCAGAUAACAUCGAGUUUUAUGCAAAAUCAGUGUACUGGGAGAAUACUCUGCACACCUUGAAACAGCGACAAUUAAUUUCAUUUAUUGGAAGUGUUCGUCCUCUCGUUACUGAAUUGGACCCCGAUGCUCCCAUUAGACAGAAGAUGCCGCUCGAUGAUCUGGAUCGAGAAGAUGAUAACAGGUUACUUAAGUACCUUUUCACCCUGAUCCGUUCUGGGAUGACCGAUGAGGCACAGCGUCUUUGUAAACGUUGCGGUCAAGCGUGGAGAGCGGCCACACUCGAAGGCUGGAAAUUAUAUCACGAUCCUAACAUUAAUGGAGGAACAGAAGUAGAACCAGUAGAAGGGAAUCCAUAUAGAUGCAUUUGGAAAAUAAGCUGCUGGAGAAUGGCAGAAGAUGAGCUGUUUAAUAAAUAUGAGAGAGCAAUCUAUGCUGCCUUAAGUGGGAAUCUCAAACAACUUCUACCUGUCUGUGAAACCUGGGAAGAUACGGUAUGGGCCUACUUUAGGGUAAUGGUGGACAGUUUGGUGGAGCAAGAAGUUCGGACCUCGGUUGUAACAUUAGAUGAAACUGAAGAACUGCCUCGAGAACACUUGGAAGCAAAUUGGACUUUGGAAAAAGUUUUUGAAGAGCUCCAAGCUACAGAUAAAAAGAGAGUUCUAGAGGAAAAUCAAGAGCACUACCAUGUCAUUCAAAAAUUCCUUAUCUUGGGAGACAUUGAUGGUCUGAUGGAGGAAUUUAUUAAAUGGCUUUCCAAAGGAAAGAAUGUUCUGCCGGGACACCUUCUCCGCUUCAUGACGCAUCUCAUCUUGUUUUUCCGCACUCUGGGGAUACAGACCAAAGAAGAAGUGUCUGUGGAAGUUUUAAAGGCCUACAUUCAGCUGUUAAUAUGUGAGAAACAUGCGAGCCUCAUCGCGUUCUAUACUUGUCAUUUGCCUCAAGACCUGGCUGUCGCCCAGUAUGCAGCCUUUCUGGAAGGCGUGACAGAAUUCGAGCAGCGCCAUCACUGCUUGGAGCUGGCCAAAGAAGCAGGUCUGGACGUGGCGACCAUCACCAAAACUGUAGUGGAGAACACACGCAGGAAAGAUGCCGGCGACUUCAGUCACCACGACAUGGCGCCUUCCCUGGACACGGGCACCACAGAGGAGGAUCGCUCCAAGAUCGACGUGAUUGACUGGCUCGUGUUUGACCCCGCCCAGAGGGCCGAGGCGCUGAAGCAAGGCAACGCCAUCAUGAGGAAGUUCUUGGCAUCUAAGAAACAUGAUGCCGCCAAAGCAGUGUUCGUGAAGAUUCCCCAAGACUGCAUCGCAGAGAUCUACAACCAGUGGGAAGAGAACGGGAUGGACAGUCCGCUCCCCGCCGAGGACGACAACGCCAUCCGGGAGCACUUGUGCAUUAGAGCUUACCUGGAAGCCCACGAGACCUUCAAUGAGUGGUUCAAGCAUAUGAACUCGGCUCCACAGAAGCCUGCUUUGCUCCCCCAGCCCUCCUUCACAGAGAAAGUCGCUCAUGAGCACAAGGAAAAGAAAUAUGAAAUGGACUUCGGCAUAUGGAAAGGGCACUUGGACGCUCUUACGGCUGAAGUAAAAGAGAAAAUGUACAACGUCCUCCUCUUUGUGGAUGGAGGCUGGAUGGUGGAUGUCCGAGAGGAUGCGGAGGACGAUCCCGAGAGAGCCCACCAGAUGGCCCUGCUGAGGCGCCUCUGCCUGCCCAUGAUGUGCUUCCUGCUGCACACCAUCCUGCACAGCACCAACCAGUUCCAGGAGUGCCUGCAACUCGCUGACAUGGUGUCCUCGGAGCGUCACAAGCUGUACACGGUAUUUUCCAAGGAAGAACUAAGGAAGUUGUUACAGAAGCUGAGAGAAUCAUCGUUAAUGCUUUUAGAUCAGGGACUUGACCCUUUGGGUUACGAGAGUCCAUCCUAGUGUGAUUCCAUUUUUUCCCCUCAUAGCAUCAUCAUUGCAAAUUUCACUAAAUGUAAAUGUUUGUGGUCUUUGUUGUCCUCAUUUUUUGAUGUUGUUGUUUGUCUUUUUUAGGAAACAAUUAUGUAAAAUUUAAUAUUUGGAUUUUUUGUACUUGUAAUAAAAAUUAUGGCAGGGGUCUUUUGCAAGUUGUGAUAGAACAGUAUUUCUUGAAUUAUGUAUAUUAAUAAAGUUUAAAAUUUUUUCUUCAGAUUGCCACAGUGAAAAUUAAAGUUAAAGGUCUCGUUCUCAGUUGUAUGUUGAAGAGAUGAAGCUUCGUAAGUGAAUUAGUUCCUUCCCACUCCUCUAUUUUAUAACUGUCAAAAUGUUAGCAUUUCAAAGUUAGUUGAAAGGGACUGGAAAAGAGCACCACCAUAUUUAGGAUUAAAAACUAUCACGUGAUUUCCCCUUUGUCCUAAGUGCUUAGAGAGCACAAUUUUUGUAAAGCAAAGUGAACGACAGGAUACUCUUCUCAAGCAAUAUUUACUUUGUCAUUCUUCUAUCCUAAAUAUACAUUUUAGGAUCAGUCUAAAGCUGGAAAGCUAUUCCAGAAAAGCAAGCUCUGCUGUGUAUGUCUAGCAUGGUAGAAAGGGUACCAUCAUUGCCCUGCCAACAAACUGAGGCUGCUUCCAAGGACCAGCCUAUUCAAGUACACAAAGGCUCAAUGCUAAUAUCACUGACCCAUCAACUUGCUGAUAAAACAUUUGGCUUUGGCAUCCCAUGAAAUAAAGAAACAUGCAAAAUGGUGCUCAAUCCUCUCCCGUCCCUUCCUUCUACAGUGACAGUGUAGCUAGAGACUGUAAGAAAAAGCAACAAUAGUGCUGAGGCGCCUACACUUAGAUGACCUACAAACUUCGGCAUUUGUUCCUUCCAUGUCACCAAUUGUCAACAUCCUGUUGGAGGAACUGAAGGAUACUUGAUCAUAAUUUUUUUCAUUUAAAUAAAGCCAAAAUAAAGGAAGUCGUGGCUAAAUGGAAGGAUGUCUUCCUGUUUCUUGGAGAGUCAAACAAAGGUGUUGACAAGGGUUAAUUUUUAUCACAUGCUCAAAGGCAAUAAAUAUUAUUUCAAAAGAUAUUUGA